AUGUCCGACCAGCCCUCCGCCACCGCGACGACCGAGACAAACCUCCCGAUCUCCUCCGAUACCCGCCUCGCUGCUUCCGAUCAUGACAUCUUCAAGAUGGAGCCGUCAGAAGCGCUCAAGCUGCUGAGCGCCAAUGUCGAGUUGCUCGUCCGGAUAACGGGUGAUGUUCCGCCGACGCCGCCACCCAAAUCCCCUACCGUGCCUCACAUGAAGGGCAUGCAGGCCGAAAAAGAGAAUAUUGCGCGAACCCAUUCAGAAAAAAGUCUUAUCAGAAUGCGGCAGCAGGCAGAAUUGGAGGCCAAGAGGCUAGAGGCCAAGCAUUCUUCCACGGCCAUUGCCCACCCCGAUACCCUACAGUCCCAUUGUCACAACAGUUCCGAAACUGUCGACGGAGUCCAACUCAAGCAGUCCUCAACGCCCAUGUCACCCCCUGGAACGCGUGCGCCAUACAUCGUUGUUGGCGCAGACUCUCAACCGAUCAAUCUCCAGCAUGGUGCCAUUACGCGCAAGUUCUACAGCAAGAACGAGCCUCCGAUCAGCAUAAAUCAGUACUUGAUGCGCCUGCAUCAGUUCUGCCCGAUGAGCACAGCUGUUUACCUUGCCACAUCCCUAUAUAUCCAUCGCUUGGCCGUAGAGGAGCGCGCUAUCCCGGUUACCCGGCGCAAUGCCCAUCGACUGGUCCUCGCAGGACUAAGGGUUGCGAUGAAGGCGCUUGAGGAUUUAUCAUACCCUCACUCUAAAAUGGCCAAGGUCGGCGGUGUCAGCGAAGCAGAGCUCGCCCGUUUGGAGAUAAGUUUCUGCUUUUUGGCUGGGUUCGAGCUCGUCGUGGGAGUUGAAAGAUUGCAGCAACACUACGAGAGUUUGAAAGUCGUCACUUCCCGGCAGACUAUAGAUGACCUAGAGGUUCCUACACUUAGAUUGACAAGGAAACCUCGUGAGCAGGUCCAAUCUGCAGGCUGA